GUUCCUGGUCAUUUGCGCUUCGAAAGUUUUGGACGAGUCAAGCAAGAUGGCCGAGGAUAGCGGUUAUGAAUCAAUACUCUGUGUCAAACCAGAAGUUCAUGUUUACAAAAUUCCACCUCGAGCAACAAAUCGUGGCUAUCGAGCAGCAGACUGGAAACUGGAUGAGCCAGCAUGGAGUGGCAGAAUGAAAAUCACAGCAUUGGGAAAGAACGCUUUCAUUAAGCUUGAGGACAAGAACAACGGAGAGCUGUUUGCACAGGCCCCAGUAGACCAGUACCCUGGUAUUGCAGUGGAGGCUGUGACUGACUCUAGCAGAUAUUUUGUCGUCCGGAUAGAGGAUGGAAAUGGACGUCAUGCAUUUAUAGGUCUUGGAUUUGCUGAUCGUGGGGACUCUUUUGACUUCAAUGUAGCAUUGCAGGACCACUUUAAGUGGGUGAAACAGGAAUCAGAGCUGGCUAAACAAGAGGCCACUCAGAGUGCCGCUCCCAAACUGGACUUGGGCUUUAAGGAAGGACAGACAAUCAAAAUCAGCAUUGGGAAUAUAAAGAAGAAAGAUGGACCGCCACAGGGUGGUGCCAAGGCACGCCCAAUGGGCAGUGGUCUUCUCCCCCCUCCACCGGGUGUGAAAGCUGGAGGCUUUCUCCCCCCUCCUGGAGCACAGCAGCCUGCCCCACUAGCACAACCCAGCUCAGCAACCCUUUUGGAUUUCGGAGCUCCAGCCGCCGCAGCUGCACCACCAGCUCAGCCUGCUCAGGACCUGUGGGGAGACUUCACCGCUGCUGGCUCUGGUGGGUCCUCUGAGACGUCCACCAAAUCUGGAUGGGUGCAGUUUUAGCAGCUGGACUGACAGUCACUCUACAUUUUUUUUUUUAGAGAACUAGUUUUUAAUCUCUCUACAUUCCCCUAAUAGAGGGAGUUUCAGGGGGAUAGAAAUUGGCACACAAUCACACUAAGCUCAGAUGAACAGUGAGUGUAUGUGUGUAUAUGUCCCUCACACGCAACACCUGCAUUAUUUGACCUUCUCUCCUUUUGUACAAGAAGUCCUAUUUUUUUAACAGAAGGUUUCCUAUGCAACCAAUCAACAGGUGACUCGACUAGACACUUCUUUUCAUAGCUUGAUUGAGUAUCAAAUAGUGCAUUCUUGUUAAGAUCUCCUUUUGAUAGAAUGUACAGACGGAUUAGCUGUGACACUUCUGAAUCUCACCUCAUUGGUGCUGCAGUGGCAGUUCCUGUAUGGCUAUUCUCUCACUUCGUCCAAUCAGGUGAACAUUGGUGCAUUCCAUGAUUGUGUAAUAAUGUUGUGCCUUUUCCCUAGACCCUUCCCUUGCUCUCAGUGGGUUAUGUUUUCCUUGCCUUGUCAGUUUUUGUUUUGCUGAUCAGAAAAUUAUUUCUUAUAUUACAUGUCUGCAGUGGAAAUGCCAGCAUAUGUGCGUUGGUGAUUUGGACUGUAGUAUCUUGGUACAUUUGUCUUCUUUGUGCUGCAGGUAAAAGCAUUGUUUUGAUAGAUGGUAGAAUCGUUUGGAUUGGGAGUGUGUGUGUGUGUGUGUGUGUGUGUGUGUGUGUGUGUGUGUGUGUGUGUGUGUGUGUGUGUGUGUGUGUGUGUGUGUGUGUGUGUGUGUGUGUGUGUGUGUGUGUGUGUGUGUGUGUGUGUGUGUGUGUGUGUGUGUGUGUGUGUGUGUGUGUGUGUGUGUGUUGUAUGUGUGUGUAGGAUUUCAUAUUGUGUGGGCCAGCACUAUUCGCUGAGCAGAUGGCAGUUUUAAUAAGAUUAGUGACUCCCACUGAACUGGAGGAGGCUGUCUCCACCAUGCACCUACUGAGCCACUGGCUAGAAUCAUGUAUUGUGUGUGUGUGUGCACACGUGCACAUACAUAUGUUGUAUCUGUGCUUUGGCUUUUGUGGCUAGUACCCCAUUGAUUUGUUUAGCAAGCAGAAGGAUUGUUGUGUUGUUGUUGUUGUUGUUGUUGUUGUUGUUGUUGUGUGUGUGUGUGUGUGUUUGUGUUUGUGUGUGUGUUUGUUAAACAUGUUCUCCUUUUCUCAGCUUAAUCUUUGUUAUUCCUCUUGCCUAAUUCAGGUGCCUUUAAUAUUAAGAGUGUGCUUAUUAGGACAAAUGCUUUAAAUGUAUUCAAAACACUUGUUGAAAGUGCCUUCUACACAAACUAUAAGUCCUGUAUAAAUGUAAAGUCUCGAUAUAUUGUAAAUAAUAAACUUUUCCCUCUUGUCCCUUU